AAGUGGUCAGCUAUUUUUUUUUAAGCUGACAUCUUUGUAUUUUUAGCUGUUAGCACUUGCUGCUAAGUAACUUUUCGGGGUAUUCCUUGUGUCAAAGUAUACACACGAACUGCACGAAGUCCACGCUGUGAACAGGAGCAGUUACGCGGCUUUUGAAAAGUUACUAUGGAAGAAGUGCAGCAAGGCAGCAAUGGCACUGAGUCACAGACUGCCACCAUUCCCACUACCAUCACGUCCUCUCAGUUCUCACAGAUAGCCCAGCAGAUGUCCCUGGGUGGUUCUUCAGUGGCUGUUCUACAGCUGCCAGGGGGUCAGUUUCAAGUUCAAGGAGUGAUCCAGUCUGCACAGUCAUCAGUCAUUCAGUCCCCUCAGGUGCAGUCUGCACAGGCCCAGGGUUCAGAUAGUGAAGAUUCACAGGACUCAUCAGACAGUGGAGCAACAGCCCAAAAGACCAGAGAAAUACUGGCGAGGCGACCCUCGUACAGAAAAAUCCUAAAUGAGCUAUCGUCUGAGGAAGUGACACACAUUGAGGGAAAGGACAACAGCCCAGCAUCCACAGGAGUGACAGGUGUUACAUUACCCACCCCAAUAUACCAGACCAGCACCGGCCAGUACAUUACCAUAGCCCCUAAUGGCACAAUCCAGCUGGCAACUCCAGGGUCCGAAGGCAUUCAGGGACUUCAGGCUGUCACCAUGGCCAACUCUGGUGGAGCCCAGCAAGGCACCACCAUCCUUCAGUAUGCCCAGACACCUGAUGGUCAGCAGAUACUGGUGCCUAGCAACCAGGUUGUUGUACAAGGUACAGGGGGAGAGGUACAAACGUACCAGAUCCGCACAGCACCCGCAUCCGGCUCCCUGUCUCAGACUGUAGUUAUGACCUCUCCUGUGGGACUACCUCAGGCCAAGACUGAUGAUCCGACAGUUAAGAGAGAAAUCAGGCUUGCAAAAAACAGAGAGGCAGCCCGUGAAUGUCGACGGAAGAAAAAGGAAUACGUCAAAUGCCUGGAAAACCGUGUAGCUGUUCUUGAGAACCAAAACAAGACCUUGAUUGAAGAGCUCAAAACAUUAAAGGACCUUUAUUGUGUUAAAACAGGAUAACCUGUUUGAAUACAGGUCAAGGAUUGAGACGUUGUGUGGCAGCGGCACAGCUCAGCCAUUUGGACAUGUUGGGGUUUCUGGGAACACUUCAUUUCAGGCUGAGAUCCUCCAGUUUUUCUUGUUUUUUUUUUUUUUUUUUACUCUUUGAUAUAAAAGUGACUUGUGUUCGCAAUGAGAUUUACUCAACAAAUAAAGAAAUUGGCCAUUUUUUCCACCUGCUGUUUUUUAAAAAUUUGCUAAUGCUAUAACAUUUAUAGUUGUGUACAUUUUUAAUACUGGGAGAUUUGAAAUUGUGAGCUUUAACUUUUGAGUCUCAGUUUCUAAAUGUGUCCCUUCCUUUUCUCUUUGUGUUUUUAAAAAUGUUGCUGUUGGGAUUUUUUUUCCCCUUCUAUCAGCAGCUGCAGAAUUAUGACUGUAUAAUUACUACACAGAAAAAAUUCCUGUUUAUUUUUUGUGAACCAGCAGUUCCCCUCAUUUCUCCAGUACAAUUGUCAUUCCUUAUUUUUGUGCAAUGGAAUAUAAAGGGUAACAGAAAAGAUGA